GGAGCUGGGGGAGCGGAGGCCAGACAGAGAGGCCCCGGAGGUGAACGAGGCCCCUACCCAGCCCUGGGGGGUCGCGAAGCUACGGACAUUGCAGGAGGUGGUCAUCGGGAAUCUGGCAGCUGAGGGCAUCAUGGUAGGAGGCUUAAAGAGGAAACGCUCAGAUUUGGAGGAGGAUGAGAAGUGGGACUGGGGUCCGGCAGGCCUCCGGAGCUACCAGCAAGCCCUGCUCCGCAUCUCCCUAGACAAGGUCCAGAGAAGCCUGGGCCCCCGAGCACCCAGCCUCCGCAGGCAUGUCCUCAUCCAGAACACGCUCCAGCAGCUCCAGGCGGCGCUGUGCCUGGCGCCGGCACCAGCUCUGCCCCCUGAGCCCCUCUUCCUGGGCGAGGAGGACUUCUCCCUGUCAGCCACCAUCGGCUCUAUUCUCAGGGAGCUGGAGACCUCCAUGGACGAGACGGAGCCCCCUCAGAAUCCAGUGGCUCCCGUGGGCCCCCAGAAUGAAGUGCUACCCCAGCCCGAUCCAGUCUUUUUAGAAGCUCUAAGCUCCCGGUACCUGGGGGACUCUGGUCUGGAUGACUUCUUUCUGGACAUCGACACGUCCACAGUGGAGAAGGAGCCAGCGCUGGCCCCACCGGAGCCUCCUCACAGCCUCUUCUGUGCCCCCGGGUCCUGGGAGUGGAAUGAACUAGAUCACAUCAUGGAAAUUAUUCUGGGCUCCUAAAACUGAUGAGCGGGCUCCUUCGUCAUCUCAGCCUCGGUGGGCUGGAUCCCUGGAUGCAACUGUGUGUGUGUGUGUGUGUGUGUGUG